UUUUGAUUGAAAGAUGACGAUUACAGAAAUUAAAAGAACAAUUCUAAGCAUUCGAGAGGCUUAGAUCUCUCCCCCUAACUUUUCAACUAAUUCUCUGCAUGCCCCUCCCCAAUCCCUCCCCCAUUACAUUUAUAGGCAACUUAUCACACCAUUAUUCUCCAAAAUACCCUGCCCCUAACUGAAUAAACUUCUCAAUUCUUCUAGGUCUUUCCACGUUGAUAGGAGUCUAUCAGUUUCUUAGUGACGCAAGGGGUUUAAGUCAUAGUUUUGAAGCGGUUGCCUUAAACCUGUAGCUGUCUCUAUCACUCCGCAAUGUAACUACCUUGUGUUUCUCUAACCCUUUUUCAAAAUUAAUUAACUAAACGUGGAUAAUUUGAUGUGUGACCAAAAAUGAAAAAAACUAUUUUGAGAACCAGACCGGACAGGCUGAUUUGACCAGGAAACUGGGAAGCGGACCAGAAACAAGUCUGAUCACAUGGAUAAACCAUUAUAGAAAGAAACAAGUGAAAAGCAAUUGGUGAACCUGCUGAACCGAACACGGUUUUUAUGGUGAAGUUUACUUUAAAAAAAAAAGAAGAAGAAGAAGAAGAAAAUUCGUUGAAUCAACUUCUUCAUCUUCGGUCUUCAUGUCCUAGUUUCGCAAGAGCUUCAUUAUCUUCCUCGGCAGGCACCUUUAUGAGUAUGUGGAGAUCUAAAUAGGUUAAGAAGAAAGGGAGCUUGGUGGGUACUGCAGAACAACAAAAAGUUAAAAAGGGGGAAUGUGAAUGGUUAAGAAAUGGUAUUGCUGAAUGGAUUGUGGUGCUGUGUUUGAAUUUCCCUUUGAUUUUUUGUGCUUAGCACUUCUGCCCUUUUGCUUUGGAAAUUUAAUUUUGCCCCUGAUAUCCUUCAUAGAAAGGGAGAAAUUAAUUGAUAUAUUUAUUGGAUCUGUCGGGACAAGGGCUAGAUGAUAGAGAAACAAGAGCGGUUUUGGUGCCACAAUGGCCAUACUCUCUGUUCCACCUGUAAAGUACGGGUUUACAAUCGUUGUCCUACUUGUAAACAAGAACUUGGUGAUAUUCGAUGUUUAGCAUUAGAGAAGGUUGCCGAAUCACUUGAACUUCCUUGCAAUUAUUUCUCCCUUGGAUGCCCGGAGAUCUUUCCAUACUACAGUAAGUUGAAGCACGAGGUGGUUUGUAAUUUUAGGCCUUACAAUUGCCCAUAUGCUGGCUCUGAGUGCUCAGUAGUUGGGGAUAUACCAUACCAGGUUGCUCAUUUGAGAGAUGAUCACAAGGUAGAUAUGCACUCCGGAUGCACAUUCAAUCACCGCUAUGUCAAAUCAAAUCCUCGAGAUGUGGAGAACGCUACAUGGAUGCUGACUGUUUUCCAUUGUUUUGGUCAGUAUUUCUGUCUUCAUUUUGAAGCUUUUCAACUUGGCAUGGCUCCUGUUUAUAUGGCAUUUCUUCGAUUCAUGGGCGACGAAGUGGAGGCUCGAAACUACAGUUAUAGCUUGGAGGUGGGGGGAAAUGGCCGUAAACUUAUCUGGGAAGGCACCCCACGGAGCAUCCGGGAUAGUCACAGAAAAGUUCGGGAUAGUCAUGACGGCCUCAUUAUACAGCGUAAUAUUGCACUUUUUUUCUCGGAAGGAGAUAGGAAAGAGCUUAAACUUCAUGUAACGGGGCAAAUAUUGAAGGAAAAACAGAAUCCAGAUGCUGGAGUGUACAUAACUAGUCUAUGCAGUUAAAUGCUGCUUUGUUCACACAUUUUUCAUGUUCAUGUCGAACUUUCAGUUAACUGUUAUUAGUGGUUCGAUAUGUUUAACUUUGUCAAGAAGUGUAUGUAUAGGUUGUGGAGGUUUCAGCUUGAUCGAGACGCUUUUAUUUUUGCAAUUGAUAUGUGUUGUAAGUUCAAUACAGAUGCUGAAAGUGACUAGUAAGUGUAUAAUUUCUUC